AGCAUAUCAGAGUCAGCACAAAGAAAAUCGCGCGAUUUCCUUGCGAAUCUAUACGGAUGUGGGCCGCCCAACUUUGGAGUUGGGAUUUUUUUUUUUUUCAAAUCGAUUUUCUUUUUCUCUCUAUCUCUGUCGCGCGUCUCCAAUUACCUCGUUCUUGGUUGUUACCGUAUAAAUAUAAGGCCUAAAAUAAAAGAUCCUCUGUUGCUAAAACAAUUCAUGGAAGACAUUUCAGGGGUAUUUUCCUGGGAGCUUCAACACCUCUCGAAGCGCUCCAGCGAAACCUGCUCUGAUGAUGAUGAAGAUAUUCUGGUGUCUUUUUCUUGUACAACGUCUCAAAUUAUUUUGCAGCUACUCCUUUUUUUCGUUAUAGAUGGAUCUGUAAAAUUAAUAAUCUUCGUGUUUGUAGACGACCCAGAUUAUGAUUUCCAAGAUAUCCCAGGGCUUGUGGCUGAUCGGAGAUCAACUUCCCAUGCGCUACUACAAGAAUGGGAUUCAGUAUCUUUACUGUACCCACAAAGCAAUAAUCAACCCGCAAUAACCAGUGGGGUAGUCCCAAACCAUACAAAUGGAAGCACAUCCCAAGCAUGUCAACCUCCAAACAUUCCAAAUGCUGCUCUUUUGAAAAGAAACUUUUCAAGUUUAUCUGAACCAGAACGAGUUCAAAGAAAAAAGAAAAGUGAUCAGUUAUAUCGGGAUAAAUGUAAGAAACACAAAGAGGAAAUGCAAUUGAAUUUGGAGACACUUACUGGAGAAAAUGAAUAUUUAAAGAAAGAGAAUGAACUAUUUAAAAAGGAUAAUACUUUGAUGCAUCAAACAUUGAGAGAUCAAGCAAAAGAGAUUGAUCGAUCGAGGAAUGAUCUUUUCCAGUUGAAGAGCGAAUAUGAAAAGCAAAAUGUUCUUGUGCAAACGCUUUCAGGGCUUCUAGCUGAUCCAGUACAGCUCGAAAAUGAGAAGCUAAAGGAUGAAAAUGCUUCAUUGAGGAAGUAUGCCAAUCUUAACGGCUACUUACCACUGCUUGCUGAGGAGAAUGCAAAUUUAAAAAUUGAAAAUAAGGUUCUCAAGGUGCAAAAUGAUGCUUUAUGUGGGAAGAUUAUCAGUGAAAAUGACAAGAAGUGUGAACAAAAUACAAUUUGAAGAUAUGCCCACGGCUCCAUUGUGUUAUCCGAGGAGUUAUCUUCUUUGCUGCUGCUGGUGUUGCUGCUUCUGCCUUGUUGCUAAUGAAACGUGCUUGAUCCAAAUUCCUCUUCCAUUUCUCUUCUUUGAAUUUGAUUUGGUGUUUUAUGUACCGCCUCCACCGUUUGUUAUAUGUAUUACACAUCAUAGGUGGUGGUGGAAUUUUACAAAUUUUAGUGGACAUAAAAGUUGAUGUAUCGUCUUUUCUUUACGUUUUAGUAGUCGCAUAAAGAUUAAGUCCUCUUUCAUAAAAGCUGUGGCUAUCGGAUGGCUGGCUGACUGGCCUUUAUCAAUGUAUAAAAAUCUUUUUUUUUUUAAUUAAAAUUUAACAUCUUGUCUUGUUCCUUACGCUUGCCUGC